CCGACAUGCACGCACCUUUUGCUCCUCUUGGCGCCCCGCACAGCACCGUUUUUUGCAUGCAGGACCUUGCGAAGCGAAGAUCCCUUGCGUCGCACACAGACCCGUGGGAAAAAAAGAAACUUUCGGUUCGCUGCUGAGCUCCUCGCAAGGCCGUGCAGUAUAAAGCACCCACAGGCCAGCCUUCGUUCCCACUUUUCCCCUCAUUCCUGGUGAUCUCUUCUUGCUCUUCCCGCAGAUCAGAAGAAAAACUAUCAACCAUGACUUCCAAAGCUGUCGGUAUCGACUUGGGUACCACCUACUCUUGCGUUGGCAUCUGGCAAAACGAUCGUGUUGAGAUCAUUGCCAAUGACCAGGGAAACAGAACUACCCCCUCUUACGUCGGUUUCACCGACACCGAGCGUCUUAUCGGUGAUGCCGCCAAGAACCAGGUCGCUAUGAACCCCAUCAACACCGUUUUCGACGCCAAGCGUUUGAUCGGUCGUCGUUUCGCUGACCCCGAGGUCCAGUCCGACAUGAAGCACUGGCCAUUCAAGGUCGUCGACAAGGGUACCAAGCCCUACAUCCAGAUCGAGUUCAAGGGCGAGACCAAGACCUUCACCCCUGAGGAGAUCUCCUCCAUGGUCCUCUUGAAGAUGAAGGAGACCGCUGAGGCUUACCUCGGUGCCACCGUCAAGGACGCCGUCGUUACCGUUCCCGCUUACUUCAACGACUCCCAGCGUCAGGCGACCAAGGAUGCCGGUGUUAUCUCUGGAUUGAACGUCCUCCGUAUCAUCAACGAGCCCACCGCCGCCGCUAUUGCUUACGGUCUUGACAAGAAGACCGCUGGCGAGAAGAACGUGCUCAUCUUCGACUUGGGAGGUGGUACAUUCGAUGUCUCCCUUCUGACGAUCGAGGACGGUAUCUUCGAGGUCAAGGCCACAGCUGGUGACACGCACUUGGGUGGUGAGGACUUCGAUAACCGUCUCGUUUCCCACUUCUCCGAGGAGUUCAAGCGCAAGUUCAAGAAGGACCUCACCUCCAACCCCCGUGCUCUCCGUCGUUUGAGGACCGCUUGCGAGCGCGCAAAGCGUACCUUGUCUUCGGCCGCCCAGACCUCCAUCGAGAUCGACUCUCUCUUCGAGGGUAUCGACUUCUACACCUCCAUCACCCGUGCUCGUUUCGAGGAGCUUUGCCAGGACCUCUUCCGCUCCACCAUUGAGCCCGUCGAGAAGGUCCUCCGUGACUCCAAGAUCGACAAGAACUCCGUCGACGAAGUUGUCCUUGUCGGUGGUUCCACCCGUAUCCCCAAGGUCCAGAAGUUGAUCACCGACUUCUUCAACGGCAAGGAGCCCAACAAGUCCAUCAACCCCGAUGAGGCCGUCGCUUACGGUGCGGCCGUCCAAGCUGCUAUCCUCACUGGUGACACGUCCGAGAAGACCCAGGACCUCCUCCUUCUCGACGUUGCCCCUCUCUCCCUCGGUAUCGAGACCGCCGGAGGUGUCAUGACUGCUUUGAUCAAGCGUAACACCACCGUCCCCACCAAGAAGUCCGAGACCUUCUCCACCUACGCCGACAACCAGCCCGGUGUGUUGAUCCAGGUCUUCGAGGGUGAGCGUGCCCGCACCAAGGACAACAACCUCCUCGGAAAGUUCGAGCUCACCGGUAUCCCCCCCGCGCCCCGUGGUGUUCCUCAAAUCGAGGUCACCUUCGAUGUCGAUGCCAACGGUAUUCUGAACGUCACCGCCGUCGACAAGACCACCGGACGGUCGAACAAGAUCACCAUUACCAACGACAAGGGUCGUCUUUCCAAGGAGGACAUCGAGCGUAUGGUUUCUGAAGCCGAGAAGUACAAGGCUGAGGACGAGGCUGCUGCCGAGCGUAUUCAAGCCAAGAACUCCCUCGAGUCCUACUCCUACAACCUCCGCAACACCCUGCAAGACGAGAAGGUCGCUUCCAAGCUUGAGGCUUCCGACAGGACCAAGCUCGAGGCUGCCAUCGACGAGGCCAUCAAGUGGCUCGACCACAACCACGAGGGUUCCAAGGAGGAGUACGAGAGCCGACAGAAGGAGCUUGAGGGUGUCGCCAACCCCAUCAUGAUGAAGAUGUACGGAGCUGGUGGUGCACCUGGCGCCGGUGGUUUCCCUGGUGGAGCUGCUCCUGGUGGCUUCCCCGGUGCCGGCGGCGACGCUGGCCCGACCGUCGAGGAGGUGGACUAAAGCCCCUGCUAAAUGACAUUUAGUGACCCGGUUCAGCAUUAUAUUAUAGACGGCAUCUCUCUUAUUGUAUAUAUAAAAUUUGAAGCAUUUUGAAAUGUUACGUUCAAAAACAUUACCCC